AUGACACAAGCAGCGACGUAUGUCGAGCUGUGCACGCGUCUGUCGCGUUUCGUGCAGCUCCAGCCAAGCACUGAGCUUACAAAAGAGCUUCAUCAGGUUAUGGAAGACUUACUGAAGCUGUACGAGCGCUUGGAGCUCUCUUUGCGCCCUGAGAAAGCAGCAAUCGAUACACCGCUCGUGGGUCUAGCAGCCAUGGACGACUUAGUGUUAUACUCACUGCAUAGACUACUGGGCUCUUUCGUGCGAAGCUCACGCUCUCUAGUGCUUCAAGAGCUCUCCUUUGGGGUGUUUAUUCGCGUGUUGCGGCGGUGCAAGCCUAGAAUGGUAAGGGGUAGUUCUGGACAAGUGCAGCGGCAUCUGGGCUUCGUGCAGAGCUGCGUGUUGUAUCUGCCACCGCCGCCAGAAGCUACUGCUGAUACGGAUGAAAAAUCACCUGAUGCAGUGACUCUUGCCGCUCAGCCGGAGGAGCUGAGGCUUGCUAUUCUACAGAGUCUAUGGGAGCUACUAAAGGAACCAGAGCCAGAAAAGCAGGCGAUGCAGCUUCGAGUGGAUGAGCAGCACUUUCUUGCCUACUUGGUGGCAUCCUUGCUGCACGUUGCGCAACGCGAUCGAUGCCGAGAGGCCGCAUUGAGAUCAAUUGAAGUGCUCAAGUGCGUCUUCCUGUUCGUUCGCGACUCGCACACAUUGCGGCAAUACUUGCCUGGUGUCGCUGCUGGAUUGUGGAAAAGUGCGAAUGCACCGCAGCAAGCGUCAAAUGUGAUUGUUGCAGCGUUACAGUGUUUUUCCCUGGCACUAGGGCUGUGCAUUAGUGACCGUUUGUUGCCAGAAGAAGAAAGGCCGAAGCAGCAGCAAAGAUUCACACUUGAAGGGAUUCGGCAAUCGAUUAGCACGAAUGCCAUGGAGAGGGAAGAUACGGCUGCAUCAGUUGAAGAACGGUCACCUGACGACGAUAAAUGGAUGGAGACAACUGCGAUCAACAUGGAUGUGCUCCUUUCGCGGAUGUUCGCUGCCUCCGCUAGUGCCACGGCUUUUACUACUCAUGGCACCAAGACAGGACUACCGCGCUCCUCCUGGCGGGUGCGCUGUGCACUUGCACAGCUUUGCGGUACUGUGAUGCUCCAGUGUCGACGGGGGCUUCGCAUGUCCUUCUUUCGGUGUUACGACGAACUUCUGGUCCUCCGCGGCGACGCUAUUCCGGAGGUUUCUCGGGAAGCAGAAAAGGUGCUCCAAGCACUACAAACGUCGUCCCUGUCGUCGGAAGAGCGGUUACAAGUGCUGCCAGAGAUGGCAGAUCGUUUCCAAAUGCUGCUGUCGACUCUUGUGUUGAAGGUUGCCACAGAGCAUGAAGCAACUAAGGUGCACUUUGUGCGCACACUUCGUGGAUAUGUAGAAUUUCUUGGAUCCAGUCUUACUCCAUACCUUGACGCGUCUGUGGAAAGCAUUUAUACCUCGCUUUGUCGCGUGCUGUCGUUUGCCGCGCUUGACAUCGAGUUGGUGUCUCAUCACUCGCUCCCAAGUUCAACAAAGGUCAAUGAGAGCUACAAUAGCAGUGCAGCGAGAGUCGUUGUCGCUCAGUUUCAGAAACGAUUACGCUUCUUCCGCGAGGAGGCCUCAGUCUGCGAGGCAUUGGCGAUGGUGAGCGAGAUUGGUGCUGUCUUAACACCAGCCGGCUUCAUUGAUUGCGCCUUCACGCUACUAUCCGAUGCGAACGUGAUGUCUACAGAAGCUGGUGGUGAAGUUGUGCUGGUUCUAAACGAGUUUCUGCGGGCGUACUGCCCCGACAAGAAUAGCAAAGUCCAUUUGAACCACCACGUGAUCGAUGUUCAUCUUAUCGGGCGCAUUCUGGAGGACUUACUGAUGCUAAAGGCAUGGGAAGAGCAUUCUCCGCUACCGCCAAAUAGUGCUUCGUGUAAAGCGCUUGUGUCCCAACGUGCGUUUAUGGUAGAGUGCGUUGGUGUAUGUGCGGAGAUCCUUGGCACCGAGUUCAAAGUGUUUUUGCUCCAUGUUCUUUACCCAUUGGUCGAGCAGCUGGGUUCGCACAGCGUCGAAGUGGAGCGUGCGGCGUUGGUGGCUUUGGAGAAGGUGUAUUUUUUCACUGGCUACGAGUCUCUUGAGGCUCUUUUCCAAGCCAACAUGGACUACUUUGUGGACGCGCUGUGUGCCCGGCUUGAACAAUUGGAUGCGUAUCCCAUGACCGCAUUCGUCGUUGAUGCUUUGAUAAAACACACUCGGUUGGCAUCAUUGCCGUUGGUCGACGAGGUGACCACGUCGUUGCUUCGUAGUGUUGAUCUGUAUCAAGAUUCGUCUCACGUCGGCGGUUUGCUGUGUGCACUGAAGAAUCUACUUGGUAGCAUUGCGCGGGACGCCCAAGAGAUGGAAGGCGGCCGAGUACAAACACUUGGGGAUGGCGAACUGGGGAAGCCAGCGACGGCUCGCUCGCUCCUGAGCGACUUUGUUCAUGAAAUGAAGGUGUUGGAAAAUGAUGGCAUGGAGAUUAAGAGUGAAGGCGGCAACGAAGAAAAGCAGCCUGAUCUCGAAGAAACUGACCGUGAGAGUGUGAAAGCUGCUAUGCCUUUGGAGCACGACGAUAUUCGAUCUGACAACCAGGAUGGCGAUCUGGAUGAUGAUGAUGAUGAAGAAAAGCCAGCAGGAUCAGGCUACCGCACUCUUGUCAUUGAUAUCAUCGAUCGGUGUGGUUAUUUUCUCGUGGAAUCGGACCCAAUCGCUUGCUGUUUGGUUCUGUCGUUGAUCCAUGAAGGUGUGCGCUUUCUUUCGAGGUACCGGAAACAGUUAUUGCCACUUGUUGCACGCAUGUGGCCAGAGUUGCUGCCUCGAUUACGAGUGCAGAACCGCACUAUCGUCACUGGCACAGUGCGUGUCAUCACCACCGUGGCAGCAGUAGCAGGCGACUUCGUGGGAGACCGCUUCGUUGAGAGUGUGUGGCCAAUUCUGCGAUCGCAACUUCAGUCCAUUUGUUUCGACUCGGAUGCCAAGUCGCCACAACUCACGCGAUCAAUGCUUCUGCUCCUGCAACCUCCCAUGGAUGCCUCACGUGGCGUGGACGCUCAAUUGUCUGGACCACGGACUGACACUGAGACGCCACAAGAUGACGAACUCAGUUCUGUGCACGGAGUGCGGAAAACGCACGAGGUCCACCAACUGCUGGCGAUUCUAUCGUGUCUGACCAUGGCAUGCCAGCAAUCAGAAACAAUGACUCAGCUUGUGCCCGAAAUUACCCGCUCGUGCUGCAAGUAUCUUAGUUCUUCAGCACCCCGCGAGGUGGUGGAGCAAACUUCAGAGCUCUUCGCAGCGCUCGCGCAGUUAAACGGUGACGAAGUGUUCUGUUCAGUAGCAGCGCUUGCACACUGGCUUCCACCGCCGCCGCCAAGUGCGAGUUUCCCUACGUACGAAGCAGAUGUAGUUGAGCACUUCUAUGCGAAGCGUUUAUCAGGGCUAAGCGGACAGACCAAGACUUGUCGAGGCAACGCUCGCGUCUUGAUGGAUCGCUUGUUCAGAUGA